AGUAUUAUCUCCUACCAACAAAGUUAAUCACAAAUGACUAUUACAAUAACCUUUGAUUUUAUAAACAUCAAUCGAUAUUACUGAUUAAUAUAAAAAAAAAGUAAUCGUAUAAUCGCAUUUUAACACUUAUUGUGAAUAGUGUAUCAAAGAUGAGAGUAAUUAUACUGACCGCAAUUAUUCAUUACACAAUGGCAGGAUAUAACUCACCGUGCGAAAUUGAGGGGGUUAGUAAAACUGACUGGCUUAACGGGAAGCGGUUAAAGAUGAAAGUUCCGGACAAUCAGGAGUUUGCGUUUGUGCAGUUUAAUACUCAACACAUAAUUGGUAUCAGCAAACUAGAAUCGACAUACCUUAAUGCCACUUACGCUGACAACACUUUAUACCUCUUUCCAAACCAAAACUUUAAAUCAUUCGAAGAAGAUUACAAAAGCUAUGGUACACCAGUAAUCGAGGUGGUCAUAACGUUCAAAUGCUUGAACGACACAUCGGAAGCCAUAACCAUUCAAGCAGUUGUAGAAGACGUAAACGAUAACGCGCCAGUUUUUAGCGAAGAGGUUUACGAAUACCACUUUGAAAUGGCAAUCCCCGAAAACUAUCUCUUAACCCACAUUCUUCCCAUAAGCGCGAUAGACUCCGACUUCACAAAUGACGACAUCUUCUUCACGAUGGAGUUCAACAUGAAGUUCAGGCUACAGUAUAAAGGAAGGCCGAAGUACUACAACGAUCGGUUCUUCACCUCCUUGCAAGCAUUAAUGGAGAUUAGAGCGCCAUUUUACGAAGAAUUUACGCUAAUCGCCACUGAUAGCGGUUCACCACCUCGCCAGUCAAAGGCACGUUUAAUUAUCAGCGUUUCGUCCAAUACCAGUCAAAGUAGCUACCAUAGUAAACCAUUCUUUUCAAAGCCAGUGUAUUUGGCGCAGUACUCGUCCAAUGAUCUGCAUCUGCAGGAACCUAUCCAACUGGAGAAUGCAGAAAGCUUGGUAUUAAUGCAGCGAAGUCUCAGGGAUUAUUUUCAAAUUGAGAUGAACUCUGAGCAACGCGGCCUAGUGAAAACACUGCGACCAUUGCCGAAAACUCUGGUAAAGUCGAGGAAAUUCGUCGUGGUUGAAAUGGAGGUGGUGAAUCAAGCGUUCCAAAGUUUGGACAGUGCGGCACUCCUUAUUCGCUUUCAGGACAAUUGCGAGGACGACGAUUUACACUCGCACUGCCUUAAGUUGUGGAACUUGUACGGUACCACCUGGUGGUUCUUGCUCCUCUACGCGGCUUUAAUCGCAACAACCCUUAUCCUAAACCGUGGUAUUUUAAUUAGACGACUACGGUUUAAUAGAAGGUCAAGUAUUUUGAUUCCACACUAAAGCGUUCCCAUACUUAAUUUAUUUUAUGUGCCAUUGUACAACUACCUCAGAUAUUAUACGUCUUUUUUUCACCAA